UUUCUACUGGGCUGCCUGGUCAUGCCUUAUAGUAUGGUGAGAUCUGUUGAACAUUGCUGGUAUUUUGGUGAAGUUUUCUGUAAAAUUCACACGAGCACUGAUAUUAUGUUGAGUUCAGCAUCCAUUUUCCACUUGUCCUUCAUUUCCAUUGACCGCUACUAUGCUGUGAGUGACCCAUUAAGAUACAAAACCAGAAUCAGUAUCUUGGUCAUUUUUGUGAUGAUAUUCAUUAGUUGGAGUGUCCCUGCUAUUUUUGCAUUUGGAAUGAUCUUUCUGGAGCUAAACAUCAAAGGAGCUGAAGAGAUAUAUUAUAAACAAGUUCACUGCAUAGGGAGUUGCUCUGUCUUCUUUAGCAAAACAUCUGGAGUAUUGGCCUUCAUGACUUCUUUCUACAUACCUGGAUCUGUUAUGUUGUGUAUCUAUUACAGAAUAUAUUUAAUAGCUAAAGGGCAGGCAAGAUCAAUUAAUGUUGCAAAUCAGAAGCUUCAAAUUCGACUAGAAGAAAAAAAUGGAAUUUCACAAAGCAAAGAACAGAAAGCUGCAAAGACAUUGGGGAUUGUGAUGGGGGUAUUCCUGAUAUGCUGGUGCCCUUUCUUUGUCUGCACAGUCAUGGAUCCUUUUGUGCACUACACUAUCCCACCCAUCUUGAAUGAUGCAUUGAUUUGGUUUGGCUACUUGAACUCUACUUUUAAUCCAAUGGUUUACGCUUUUUUCUAUCCCUGGUUCAGAAGGGCACUGAAGAUUAUUUUGUUUGGUAAAAUUUUCCAAAAGGAUUCAUCUAGGUGUAAAUUAUUUCUAGAAUCAAUUCCAUAGAUUAACUAUGUUAAACUGUUUUUCCAAACAGCUGACAGUCAUAUUUGUGAACACACUGUAAUCAAAUACAAAUACAAGCC